AACAUAAAUCGUGUGUUGCUGUGUUUGCUUUGAUAUACACAGUGUGUACCGUAGUAGAGGCUGUGAGGAUCUUCUUGUCAAUGGAUGGAGUCUCAAUGGUCAUGAAUGGAAGUCACAAACAGUUUCAACCCGUUUCAACGCAAACAGAAGACACUUCCACUGACACGGGACUAUUCUUUUUCUGCAACACAGGACUUCAGGGACAGAGGACAUGGAAAGCAACUUUCAGAAAGGCUAAGACGCUAAGCUAAUGAGCCCGUUGAACCGUGCCAUGCCAGAAGACGGCAGUCAGGACACCAUGAAAAUGCCAGCGAGCGCAGAGAAAGUCAGCGGGGCGCUCGCCGCAACAACAGUCAACAUCCCCCUGGUCAACGAGGUCCAGCUGGCAGCGGCCACCGGCGGCACCGAGCUGUCCUGCUACCGCUGCACGGUCCCCUUCGGCGUGGUGGUGCUGAUCGCGGGCGUGGUGGUGACGGCGGUGGCGUACAGCUUCAACUCGCAUGGCUCCACCAUCUCCUACUUGGGCCUGGUGCUGCUCUCGGCCGGACUCGUGCUCCUGGUGUCCAGCGCCGUGUGCUGGAAGGUCAGAAUGGAGAGAAAGAAGGAGCGGCGGCGAGAGAGCCAGACCACCCUGGUGACCAACCAGAGGAACCUUUUCACAUGACCCUCCAGCGCCGUGAAGACUUCCAGCUCUUUGGAAGAACCUUGACUUGACUCUCCUGGAUUGUUGGUCCGAGGUAGAGAACAUACAGCCUGCUGGGAACGCUGCCAAAGAACACGGAGGACGUCUCACUGCUGCAUGUCGUACUCACUUUAAAUAUUUGGAUGAUGAAUCUGCGGUACUGCUUGGAUGCUCACUGACAGAACAUUUCGAGACUUUCACUCAUCAAGUGAAAAACUGGGCUGGAGGUUUCGUGGACUUCCUAAUGAAGACAUUGAUCACAUGUGAAAUCAGUGUCCUUUUAGACAGGACUUAUACCGUGUUUCCCACAGGACUGCUAUGUAUUUGUGGCGGGCUGCCACAACACCUCAAAUAACCACCACACUUCACUACCACUAUUAUGUGCUCAAUAUGUACCUCCAAGACAUACUGUACAGUACCAGCAUAUAUCUUCAAGUAUUUAUCAUCAACAUUAAUAAGAAAUAUUCAUGUGCACCACAUUAAACCACCCAGCUCAAAUGUUUAGAAACCAAACACUUUUAAAAGAUGGUCUUUCUAGGCUCAAAUCUUUGUAUAAAUCCAUUUAUGCUCAUUUAAAUAAAGAAGGAUGAA